AUGUGCGAAGCUUCGAUAGUACAAUCGAAUUCGAAGUUUUUUUAAUAUUCGAUAACACUUCGAAACGAUAUGAAGUAUUCGCAUUAAACGAAGCUUCGUCGUAUCAUUCAAGUUGUGACGUCACGUGCGAUUUAUUUUCUGUUAACUUCGGAAGAUCGACCUAUCGCUCGAACGUGACGUCACUAUCGAUUAAUCUAAAGUGUUGUGUAAGUAAACACAACUAAAUUGCUGCAUUUGUCGACUACCGUGGGUUUUCAUAAUUUUAUCUAACGAAAUUAAAAAUGGAUAAAGGUGCAGACGGUUCAUUACAAGCGAAAGAAGUACCGUCAAAAAGAAAGAAACGUAGUGCAAUAUGGAAUUAUUUCACAGAUGUUGGCGAUUGCUCCGCACAAUGCGAUUGUUGCAAACAGUCGUUCAAAUGUCCGCGUGGCACUACAACAACACUUCAGAACCAUUUGGAGGCAAAACAUGCUGUGUUGUACAAGGAACUAAUGAAAGACAAAGAAAAAAUUCAUGAGCUUGAAGGAACUUGUGCAAAAAAAAAACCAGUGCUGCAGCCUACUUUAACUGAAAUGUUCAGAAGUACGCAGAAGAUGUCACCAUCCGACCCUAAAGCACAGAGCAUAACCAAACAAAUUGCCAAAAUGGUGGCAACAGAACUUUUGCCGUAUGAGUUUGUAGAAGGGUGUGGAUUUAAAGAGUUAAUGGGUCACAAAAAUGUUGCACCUACAUACACAGUACCAUGUAGAACUACAUUUUCUGAACAUUAUAUUCCAGCUCUUUAUGAGGAAACAAAACACUCUCUCAAGAAAAUGCUUGUACAAGAUUUACCAACAAUAUCAUCCAUUGCAUUUACAUCUGAUGGCUGGACUUCUCGCUCAACUGACAGUUACAUUAGCCUUACCUGUCAUUAUCUCCGACCUGACUUCACGUCUGUGUCAUUUGCAAUGAGUAACACUGUUGUAAAUGAAUCCCACACAAGUGUUCAGGUGGCUACUACCAUAAAAAAUGUUCUUAUUGACUGGGAAAUUGAUCCAGCAGUGACAUCUAUCCCAUUAUUCUGCAUCACUGAUAAUGCCCAUAAUUUCAGACAGGCUUCUGUGUCAUUAUUUAAAGAUGGUUCCAGAUCAUGUUUUGCUCACACCCUUCAAAUUGCAAUUGAAAACAGUAAGAAUGAUUGCCCGGGUACAACCACACUUCUUAGUAAGGCCAGGAGUAUAGUUGGUCAUUACCGAAGAAGCACUCGUGCUAGGAAAAGACUUCACACAUUCCAGGAACAGUUGAACAUGCCAAAACUAGAAGUAAUUCAACAUAUUGAUACACGUUGGUGUUCAGAGUACCAAAUGCUCAAGAGACUGCUGGAAAUGAAACCUGCUCUUGUAGCCGACCACGUGAACUCUGGCGAUACAGACAUGCUGACCGCCUUGGAAUGGAAACAUGCUGAAAACUUUGUUCAAGUUUUACAACCACUUGCAGAAGCCACAGAAGAAAUGAGUGGAAACACUUAUCCAACAUUGUCCAUGAUCAUUCCAGUACUUCACUGUCUUCUUUGUAACCUUGAAUCACACAUCACUGCCAAAAAAGAUGGCAUGACACUUGCAAGAGCAUUGCAUAAAAAUCUAAAGUCAAGAUUUCCGAACUACAUGCAAGAACCCCUACAGCGUGCUGCAAUGUUGGUUGAUCCAAGAUUUAAAGGAGUGCUUCUAUCUACAAUUGAAUCGGAAGCCAUUCUUUUGUCAGAGAUAAAAAGUUUAAAAACUGAUUCCAAUCCUGUACAAGAGGCUAAAUCUAGCAUUCCAAACUCUGCACCAACAUCUUCUCUAUGGGCUGUCUUCGAUAGUAUUCCAAUGCAAGAAAAUAAAGAUUAUGAUGAAGGAGAAGAAGAAGUGCGGAGGUACCUAAAAGAACCUCGUAUCAACAGACAUGACAAUCCAUUAAAUUGGUGGAAAAAUGAAGGUACAAAGUACCGAUAUUUAUCCAAAGUAGCUCUGAAGUAUCUGGGGGUUCCUUCCACACAAGUAAAUUCAGAGCGUCUCUUUUCAGCAGCUGGAAAUGUUGUUUCAGCACGAAGAGAAAACUUGCUACCUCAGCAUGUCGAGCAAUUGGUGUUUUUACAUGCCAACUUGAAAUAAAAGCUAACCUGUUGACCGGAUAUAAGAGCCUAGUGUGUAAAUCUUUCAAUGGUGUUUUGUGUGUGUAUAGUAUUAGUCAUUUUUAAAUAUUUGUAGAACAUACUUCGUUUUGUUUGUUCUCCAAUUGAACAUGGGGGUUAAAUAAUUUUUCCCAGUGUUAUAAAAAUUUAUUAAACUUAAAACAAUGAAAACUUUUUGAUGAUUGAAAAGAACAGUGAUUAAUUUAAGAUGUGCAAUUGUGUACAUGUACAUGUUUUUAUGUAGAGAUUUUUCAAAAUGAAUUACAUGCUUCAUGUUUGUAAAUAGAACUUAAAUUAAAGCUGGAAUUUUAUUUAAUGUAGAGCAUUUUUACACUCUGUAUUAAUGGGGGUUGAAAGUUGAUAUUAAAAAUAAAAACUUUUUUUUUUUAUGGUUUUGAAAAGCAACUAUUCGCAUUCGAUUCGAAUUCGCACAAAUAGUU